AUGAGGCAACUCUUAGACAGUCCGCCUUCUUGUACCCUCUCAUCUUCCUCUGCACUUGCCAUGGCUGGAGAAAUAGUAUAUGCUGAUUUAAACAUUCCUGGAGCUUUUCCCACUUCAAAGUCACUGCAUCCAGCUCAGCACCCCAAAAUCCCUCAGUGCCCACGCUGGCAUCGGAUGGCUCUAUGGCUUGGAUGGGCUGGGAACAUCAUCCUGGUGGCAGCUGUGAUCGUGCUUGGUGUUUGGGGUCAGACUGGAAGACAGGGAACAACAAAUGGAAUUGAAUGUAAUUCCAGCCUGAAGGAUUCCCAGUCUUGUUCGAAUCAAAAUUUGUAUCCAAAGCCAGACAACAACUCAACAGAGGGCUGUGGGUGCAAACUGUGCCCCGCUGACUGGCUGCCACACAAGAACAAGUGCUAUUGGGUCUCUAAAGAAAGUAAAACAUGGAAUGAGAGUCGUGAGGACUGCUCAGCGAAGAGCUCUCAGAUGCUCAUGAUCCAAGACAAGGAGGACAUGGUGUAUGUACUGAGUAUUCCACAACUGAACCUGGUCUGGCUUGGACUCAGUGUAACAUCCCCAGAGAGGAAAUGGACCUGGGUGGACGGCUCCACAUUUGAUGAAACACUGUUCCAGCUAACAGGCGCUGCUGACAGGGAGAGCUGUGGGAUGAUCACAGGGAACCACACUAUUUCAGAAACCUGCACGGCUGUAGCUAAAUGGAUUUGUGAGAAAGUUGCCCUGAAAUAA